UUUCAGGGUGAAGGGACCCUGGAGCUGCAUUGGCUCUGACCAGCAUCUCCUGUGGCCUGGGUGCCGGCAGCAGAGAGGGCAAGAGGUUAUUUGACUGGAACUGCAGAGCAUCUGGCUACAGGGAAAGCAGGCGGGAUAUUCGGGAAAUGCUCAAAGAUUAAAAUUCAGCCUGUGGCAAGACUUGUUGCAACUUCCCACCCUUCUUCUCCAAAAGAAAGUGAAAGCCACAGGCUGGAAGGAUAAAUAGGCAGCAGGGAGCACCAGCAGCAGAGCACAGGGAAGCUGUUCAGAGCUCACCUCUACCACCCAGAGCACCGUUGCCUUCAGCCCAUCCUCUGCAAGACUCAUCAGCAAAAUGCAGCGGCUCUAUCUUCUCUGCCUUAGUCUCCUGGUGCUGGGACGUAUCCUGGAUGUCCAUGGUGGGAACAACGUCCUUGACUGCUGCCUGCGGACAAGCGAGACACCCAUCCCGCGGCGGAUAGUACAGGAUUACCGGCUCCAGCUGGUGCAGGAUGGCUGUGACAUCCCGGCUGCCGUGUUUAUCACCACAAAGGGCAAACGUCUCUGUGCCCCUCUCCAAGCCCCGUGGGUGCUUCGCCUCCAAGAGAAGCUGGAUGCCAGCUCUGCCAGGAAGGCCAAAACCCAGGGCAAAUAAGCUCUGAAGAAGCCUGUGGCCAGCCCCAGCACCUGGAGUGGGGGCUGUCUCCCAGCUGUGAAUCUGAAGCUAAUGGAGCCAACAUGCUUUCACCUCCAGCCGACCCUCCUGGGGACUCGUGCCAGUGUGUCGGGCUGGGAAGACCCCUGCCUGCUCUCUCUUCUUCCCUCCAUCUCUACUGUGACCCAGCAACCUUCAACAGCUGAGACAGGGGCUGCCAGGCCAGAGACUCUGCCGCCUUCGCAGCCUGGAAGCUGGUUGAUGGACUGUUCUGCAAGAUGUGUUUGAAGGGUCUCAGCCUUCCCUUCAGCACAGCAGCUGUGACCUCCAGUGCUAGUCUAAUCUCUUUGGUUUCCAUUGUCAGCCCCAAAUCUGAGUCCUUCUACAUCCCUGGAAAGGGCUGUCAGGAUGGGGCAGUGUGGGGAUAGAAGGGAGGGACGGAGAUGUUCCUCGCUGGCCAUGCACUGUGCUGCUCCCUUGCUGAGCACAACCUAGAAGCCUUCAGGCAGGGCAUGGCUGGUGCAGGUCCUCUCUCAUGCCCUGACCUCCCUGCAUUGUUUCCCCUCCUGGCCUUCUUUCACAGGUAGAAAUGGAGCCAGCAAUGCGGUGGCAGCAGAGUGGGCAGUGAUGUUGCCCUUGGCCCCUGCUCUCCUCAGGGACAUUGCCCCCGUUCUGGGUCCCCCAGCCUAUCACUUCAUUCAAACCCCAUCCCACACUCCUGCCCGGGCAGGUAUGUGUGAGCAGUGUUUGCACCACUCUCAGGUAUUUGCUGCUAGAUCUGUUAAAUGCAACAAUUACAGGUUUAAGUUGCUUCUUUUCUCUCUUUUUUAUUGUGCUGUGAUUUUGUUAAAUAAAAAGAAAUGCCAGUAA